CAAUUCGACAUCUAGCGGAGGUUUAAGCCGCAAUGGAUCUGUUCGAACGAUUUUGACACCAUAUGAUCCCCCAAUAGUCAAUUCGCUUACACGUAGCGCCUCAUCUCGAACAGCGGCAACAAACAAAAGUGAUAAAUCAUUAAAUAGUGGUAACAAUCUGCUUCUUUAUAGAAGUGCUUCCGUUCGAUCUACUGCAACUAAUCAGGUUGUUAGUACCACAAUGGUUUCAAGCACAGCACCGGAGCUUACUAGCGCCAAACCAUUCAACAAAAAGCAAUUGCAUAGAAGUGUAUCUGUCCGAUCAACACUAAGUGAAGUAAUAUUCGUCAGCAGAAGUAGUUCUGUAAAAUCUACUAACAAUGAUACUUUAACAAGUGAUGCCAGCAUAACGGAUCAACAUAACCUUUCUCUACCGGAUGGUGACAUUAGUGGAAACCAGCAGCAAUCAAUCAAUAAGCAUAGCAACUUUCAUGCUACUAAUACAAGACAAGAUGCAAAAGAUGAUGAUCAAAGUAUCGACCAUUUCAUAACAACAUUUGAUAGUCAUCCUUUACAGGCAUAUGAUGUCGCAAGGACCUUAGCAAAUCCAUUCCACGACACACAAACAUCGUUUAGAACUGCGAAUGAGGAUUGGAGCAAGAAUCCAUGAUUCAUCAGUGCUUCUUUUCAAUUCGCAUGAACAUGACAUGAUGUUUUGAAUGGUUUUGUUUAUUUUUUUAAAGCUGAACAUAUAAAUAUACAAAAGAUUAAU